AUGGCCCAGACGCCGUGCCUCCUCACCUUCCUUCUCGCUGCUGCCGCGGUGCUCACGUGGUCGCCCGGCGGCGCGCUGGGCAAGUCGAAGCUCGCCAAGAAAAGCGAUGACAUCGUGAAUGGGCCCCUGCUGACGGAGAAUAUCAAGGCGAAGCGGACGCUGAUCGUUGGCCCCGACGAGGAGUUCAAGACGGUGCAGUCCGCCAUCGACGCCGUGCCCGCCGGGAACGCCGACGGCAAAGUUGUGAUACCGGAGAACAAGCCCUUCAUCUUCGUGAGGGGUAACGGCAAAGGCCGGACCUCCAUCUCCCACGAGUCCUCCUCUUCCGACAACGCUGAGUCCGCCGCGUUCACCGUCAACGCGGACAACGUCGUCGUCUUCGGCGUCAGCUUCAGGAACAGCGCCCGCGUCGGCCUGGUGAACGACCCGGAGAUCCGGUCGGUGGCGGCGAUGGUGGCCGGCGACAAGGUGGCCUUCUACCACUGCGCGUUCUACAGCCCCCACCACACCCUCUUCGACAGCGCCGGGCGCCACUACUACGAGAGCUGCUACAUCCAGGGCAACAUCGACUUCAUCUUCGGCAACGGGCAGUCCAUGUUCCAGUGCCCGGAGAUCUUUGUGAAGCCUGACCAGCGGACGGAGAUCCGCGGCUCCAUCACCGCGCAAGUACGGGAGGAGGAGGACAGCAGCGGCUUCGUCUUCCUCAAGGGCAAGGUGUACGGCGUCGGCGAGGUGUACCUGGGCCGCGUCAGCGCGCCCGACUCGCGCGUCAUCUUCUCCGACACCUACCUCUCCAAGACCGUCAACCCGGCCGGCUGGACCACCAUAGGCUACACCGGCAGCACCGACAAGGUGAUGCUCGCGGAGUUCAACUGCACUGGACCGGGCGCUGACGCUUCCAAUCGCGUGCCAUGGUCGCGGCGGUUCUCUCAGAACGACGCGGCCAAGUACCUCACCAUCGACUUCAUCAACGGCAAGGACUGGCUGCCGGCGUACUACUACUGA